UCUUCCUUCAUUUCAUCAAUCAAUCAAAAUCACUUUCCUUUCUCAAUCCAUAAAACACAAACAGAAGACGAAGAACAAAUAAAGGAGAAAGAGAGAAAACAAAAACAUUUAUUAAUAAUCUCUGCCCGCUUCUUUGUUCUUGAGAAGAGAAAGAUUUCAUUUUUUUGUAAAAGUCAAAUCUCAGGGAACGAGCAGGCAGAUUUUGAAUCUUCUUCUUUCUUCUUCUUCUUCUUCUGUUGAAGAUAGUUUUGGAGAGAUUUGUGUGUUUUGAUUGAUUGAUGGGUUUUUUGGUGGAUACGCAAAAGGAAGGAGGUGGACAUUCAUGGGGUUACGUUAGGAGUUUGGUGAGAAGGAAACAAGUUGACUCUGCUAAUGGUAAACCUCAGGGUCCUCAGCUCGCUAAAGCCCUCACUGUUCCUCACCUCGUUGCUAUUGGUGUUGGAGCAACAAUAGGAGCUGGAGUUUAUAUUCUUGUAGGAACAGUUGCGAGAGAGCAUUCAGGACCUUCUCUAGCUUUGUCUUUUCUUAUUGCUGGGAUUGCUGCUGGUCUUUCUGCGUUUUGUUAUGCUGAACUCUCUAGUCGUUGUCCUUCAGCUGGGAGUGCUUAUCACUAUUCCUACAUUUGUGUUGGUGAAGGUGUUGCGUGGAUAAUUGGUUGGGCGUUGAUUCUGGAAUACACGAUUGGUGGGUCAGCUGUUGCCCGUGGGAUAUCACCAAAUCUGGCACUGAUUUUUGGUGGUGAAGAUGGUUUGCCUGCAAUUUUAGCGCGCCACCAGAUCCCAGGUCUUGAUGUUGUUGUUGAUCCAUGUGCUGCUAUUCUUGUGUUCAUUGUAACUGGCCUUUUGUGCAUGGGAAUAAAAGAGAGCACAUUUGCUCAGGGAAUUGUAACUGCAGUCAAUGUGUGUGUCUUGUUAUUUGUCAUAGUAGCUGGCUGUUAUCUGGGCUUCAAGACAGGUUGGGCUGGAUAUGAACUUUCGACAGGGUUUUUUCCAUUUGGAGUGGAUGGAAUGUUUGCUGGUUCUGCUACAGUCUUUUUUGCAUUCAUUGGGUUUGAUUCGGUUGCAAGUACAGCAGAGGAGGUGAAAAAUCCCCAACGGGAUUUACCGAUUGGUAUUGGUCUAGCUCUCUUGCUCUGUUGUUCUCUCUACAUGAUGGUAUCCAUUGUAAUUGUUGGUUUAAUUCCUUACUAUGCAAUGGAUCCUGACACCCCGAUAUCCUCUGCAUUCGCUAGUAAUGACAUGCAAUGGGCUGUAUACUUAAUAACGUUAGGAGCUGUUAUGGCUCUCUGCUCAGCUUUAAUGGGUUCCCUUCUCCCUCAGCCACGAAUUCUGAUGGCAAUGGCUAGGGAUGGCCUGCUGCCUUCCCUUUUUUCAGACGUUAAUAGACGCACACAGGUUCCGGUUAAAGCAACCGUGGCAACUGGGUUGUGCGCGGCAACCUUAGCAUUCUUUAUGGAUGUUUCACAGCUUGCAGGGAUGGUGAGUGUUGGGACGCUUCUGGCAUUUACAAUGGUGGCAGUAUCAGUGUUGAUACUGAGAUUUGUUCCUCCAGAUGAGCUACCUCUUCCCUCGUCUCUUCAAGAGAGGAUUGAUUCUGUUUCCUUCAUAUAUGGUGAAACAAAGUCAUCCGAUCAUGUAGGCACUUCCAAUAGCAGCACUCAACAACCUUUAAUUGGCAAAAGUGAUGCUUCGGUCGAUUUCCCAGUUAUCAAGAAUCAAGAAGCUCUAGGGUGUUGGGUUCUAAGCGAAGAAAACAGAAGGAUGGUUGCUGGAUGGAGCAUUAUGUUCACCUGUAUUGGGGCUUUCCUUUUAAGUUAUGCAGCAUCAAGCCUGAGCUUUCCAGGGCUUCUUAGAUAUUCAUUGUGUGGUGUUGGUGGAAGUCUCCUCCUUGCUGGUUUGGUUGCUCUCAGUUCUAUAGAUCAGGAUGAUGCCAGACACACUUUUGGACAUUCUGGAGGUUUCAUGUGCCCGUUUAUCCCACUCCUGCCGAUUAUUUGCAUUCUCAUCAACAUGUACCUCUUGGUUAACCUCGGAUCUGCGACAUGGGCUCGUGUAUCGGUAUGGCUGCUAAUUGGAGUGAUAGUGUAUGUUUUCUACGGCCGUAAAAACAGCUCGCUCGCCAAUGCAGUUUAUGUAACUACAGCUCAUGCGGAAGAGAUAUAUCGCGAACAUGAAGGUUCAUUGGCAUAGUCUGAGAAAGCAUCCCUUUUGGUAAUGUAUGUAACAUAUAAAUCUGUAUUGUCUUGUUAUAUGGUUGAAACAAGAAUGCCAUAAUCUCUAUUUGUGAGCAAAAGAUCUGCUGAUGAGGACUCUUUGUAAAUAAUAUAUAUCACCAUGGUCCAUGGAUUCAUAAUCAGAAAACACUUCACUCAAGUGUCGUCAA